AAGCCUUGUGUCCAAACCUUUGCCGCCGAUCAGUUUGACGAGGACUCGGAGGAGGAGAGAAAGGCCAAGAGCUCAUUCUUCAACUGGUGGUAUUUAGCGAUAGUAAUUGCUGGCACUGUUGCCUCACUUGUCGUCAUCUACAUUCAGGACAACGUGAGCUGGGUUAUAGGCUAUGGUGUAUUGGCCGCGGUCAUAGCAGCCGGGAUCAUAUUAUUUUUGCUAGGAAUCAAAAGUUACCGGAAGCAAGGUCCCCUCGGGAGCCCGUUCACUGCGGUGGCGCAAGUGUUUGCCGCAGCGGCACGGAAGUGGCGCGUGAAGGAGACGCAUGAUUGGGAUGUGUAUUAUGGAGAUGAGAGGAGUGAGACUCAUAUGGAGGCUCAGCCCAAUCACAAGACUUUGGCUAGGACCAAACAAUUCAGGUUUCUGGACAAGGCAAUGAUCAUUGACAGCCUUGAUGCAUCGAGCAAAACGAGGAACCCUUGGAGACUGUGCUCUAUAAAUCAAGUGGAAGAAGUGAAGUUGGUCCUCCGUCUUAUUCCGAUAUGGUUGAGUUGCUUAAUGUUCAAUGUCGUUCAAUCUCAACUCCACACCUACUACACCAAGCAAGGUUCCAAGAUGAACAGAUCCAUGGGACCCCAUUUCCAGCUUCCCCCAGCGUCGCUUAAAGUCUUCGUCGGCAUCACGAUCCUAAUCACCGUCCCAAUCUAUGACCGGAUUUUCGUCCCGAUGGCCCGAAAGCUCUUCGGACACCCCGCAGGCAUAACCGUGCUACAAAGAAUUGGCGUUGGCCUAUUUCUCUCCAUCCUCAACGUGGUUGCGGCAGCUCUAGUGGAGGCCAAAAGGGUUAGUGUGGCUAAACAACAUGAUCUCCUGGACAACCCUAAAGCAAUUAUACCAAUUAGGGUUUGGUGGCUCCUCCCACAAUACCUAAUUUGUGGUUUGUCAGAUACAUUCGCAGUUGUGGGGCUCCAAGAAUUGUUCUAUGAUCAAAUGCCAGAGGGGCUGAGAAGUUUGGGGGCUGCAGCAUAUAUUAGUAUUCUAGGAAUUGGAAGCUUCCUUAGUAGUGCCAUUAUAUCUUUGGUGCAGGCGAUUAGCUCCAAGUCGGGGGACGAAUGGUUGGGAGACAAUCUUAACCGAGCACACCUUGAUUACUUCUAUUGGGUACUUGCAGGAUUGAGUGCUUUGAAUUUGUGUGUUUAUCUGUGGACUGCAAAGCGUUUUGUGUACAAAAAAGUUGAAGCCCAAAAACCAACUGGGGCAAAAAAAGCAGGCACUAGGGCUGGAGAAGUAUGAGGCCAUAGAUGAGAUGAUGGUUUUAGUGGGUUUGCGACCUAGUGAAGUAAAAAAAAAAAACAAAGUUGUGCA